AUGGUUCUGCAGAUGAAAGAUCCCAUAGAGCACUCGUGUGCAGAGCAUAUAAGGAUCUGGGGAGCAAAAGAGGGGCACAGUACUCCUGACUGUGGGAACUGUCGGAUCAAGAAACAACCAAAUAAGAUGGCGCUCCUCUGUGCGGCCGCCCUACUGUGUGUCCUCUGUUCCAUGGAUGCGCUCCAGUACUCAGAGCUGGCUCAGUACAUAGACAGCCACCAGGAAGAAUAUGUUGAGGCUUUACGGGACUGGGUUGCCAUUGAGAGCGACUCCAGCAACAUCUUAAAAAGGCCCGAUCUGCACCGUAUGAUGGAUGUAACUGCAGAAAAACUGAGGAGGAUGGGAGGCGACGUGGUGAUGGUGGACAUCGGUGAACAAGAACUUCCUGGUGGUCAGAUGUUGGCCCUGCCUAAAGUGGUGACGGCUCAUUUUGGGAACGAUUCUCAAAAACACACAGUUUGUGUCUAUGGACAUGUGGACGUCCAGCCAGCCAAACUGGAGGACGGCUGGAGGACGGAGCCUUACAACCUCACAGAGAUUGACGGUAAUCUGUAUGGAAGAGGAGCCUCGGACAACAAAGCUCCUGUUUUAGCCUGGAUCCAUGCUGUGGAGGCCUACCAGGCCCUCAACAUGGAAUUACCGGUGAAUGUGAAGUUUGUGAUUGAGGGCAUGGAGGAGACAGGCUCAAAUGGUUUGGACGCCAUGAUUCUUGCUCAGAGAGACACUUUUUUCAGCGACGUGGACUUCAUCGUUAUUUCCGACUGCGGAUGGCUCAGCAAAAGACCAGCACUCACAUACGGCACCAGGGGGAACUGCUACUUCUUUGCUGAGGUGGAGGGACCAACACAGGACCUGCACUCUGGAGUCUAUGGAGGCACAGUUAUCGAGCCAAUGACGGACCUUAUUGGUAUUUUAGACACUUUGAUCACCCCCAGUGGUAAAAUCCUCAUCCCAGGGAUAAGGGAGGCAGUGGCCCCUCUCACGGACGAGGAGUGGAAAAUGUACCAGGAUAUUGACUUUGACUUUGACUACUACAAGAGCAAGAUAGGAGUCGCUCAGCUCAUGUACAACAAUAAGGUGGAUCUGUUGGCACACAGAUGGCGCCACCCGACAGUCACCAUCCACGGGAUCGAAGGGGCUUUUUCUGACCCCGGUACAAAAACAGUCAUCCCCGCCAAAGUCACAGGGAAAUUUUCUAUCAGACAAGUCCCUGACAUGGAUCCUGCGAUGGUCAAGAAACAGGUGACAGACUACCUCCAGUCCGUGUUUGCCAAGAGGAAGAGCCCUAACAAGCUGAAGGUGACCAUGGUGAUCGGAGCUAAACCUUGGCUCGCUGACACCAAACACUCUCUGUAUGAUGCAGGGAAGGCUGCUGUCAAAAGAGUGUUUGGAGUGGACCCAGACCUGAUCCGUGAGGGCGGGACCAUCCCCAUCGCUCGCACGUUCCAGGACGUGACGGGGAAGAGCAUCAUCAUGUUGCCCAUUGGAGGCUUCGACGACGGCCUGCACUCCCAGAACGAGAAGAUGAGCAGAUACAACUAUAUCGAGGGAACCAAGUUAUUCAUUGCCUAUCUACACGAAGUGGCCCAAAUCAAAAAGAGUGUGUGA